AACUCACUCAGACUCGACGACGACGACGUCGACGUUGAUGAUCAACAACCACAACAGCAAAACCACAAUAAACACACUCCCAAUCCGGAAACCGCCACCGUUGACCCCAAAUCCUCAACCAAACCAGAACCCGACUCACAAUCCGAACCAUCCACUCCCACUGCACGGGGCGUCAAAGAAGACCUCUCCGAGCUCAAACAAACCAUCUCGCGCCGAUUAUGGGGCGUCGCUUCUUUCCUCGCCCCUCCCUCCGAUCCCGAACCAAAAUCCGAACCUCAGAUCUCGGAUCCCGAACGUGCUACCGAUGAGGACCUAAUUGCAGGGAUCCGAAGCGAUUUCGCCGAGAUAAGUGGAAGGUUCAGGAGCGGAAUCUCUAAGCUCUCUGAAAACAAGGCCGUGUCUGAGAUUACCAAAAUAGCCUCCAAUUUUCUCCAGCUUGGUUCUGAAGAGGAGCGCUCUCUCAGCGACUACAAUCUAAAUGGCGUCGUUGGAUUUAAUGAAGACGUAGUUUCAUUCGCCAGGAGCAUAGCCAUGCACCCCGAGACUUGGCUCGAUUUCCCUCUGCCCGAUGAUCCUGAAUCUGAUGAUUUUGAGUUAUCGGAUUUCCAACAAGAACAUGCUCUGGCUGUUGAACGGUUGGCACCAAGGUUAGCUGCUCUAAGAAUGGAACUUUGUCCUGGAUACAUGAGCGAUGGUUGCUUUUGGAAGAUAUACUUUGUACUCCUGCACCCUAGACUCGACAAAAAUGAUGCUGUCAUUUUAUCAACCCCACCAAUAAUGGAAGCCAGAGCAAUGUUAACUGAGGUGUUAGACAAAAGGAAAAAGAAAAAGCAAGAGCAAAACUUAUCUGCCGGCAGCAGUGUUCCAUCAGAAGAGGCUGAACACUUUCUUUUUGUGCCAACCAGUGCUCAACAGGAAUCCAAUCCUCAGCACAUGCCUGUUGUUGAAGCAGCCCCAUCUGCAGUUAUGUUUGAUGUCGAGAUGGAUAAACAUGUCCAAAUUAGCAAUGUUCCCACAGAAAAGGCAGAACAUGGUCUGUCUGUGCCAACCAGUUUUCAACAGGAAUCACAUCCUCUGCAAACAUCUGUUGUUGAAGCAGCCCCAUCUGUUGUGCUUGAUGCCAAGAUGGAUAAACAUCCUCCUGCCCAGAAUAGCACUGUUCAGUCCAAAGAAACCAAAAAGCACUUGCCAGUGCAUACCAGCGUUCAACAAGAAUCCCAACCUCUGCAGACAUCUGUUGUUGAAGCAGCCCCAUCUGCGGUUGUUUCUGAUGUCAAGAUGGAUAAUCCUGUCCAAAGCACUCAAGUUCAGGAUACCAAGAAAUCUAUGGUUAAAGAAGCUCCAGUGAAACCCUCUAUAGACCAAUCAUCAUCUAGUUCUGUAAAUAAAAUUUCUGAUGAGUUGGAUGAGGAUGAUGAUUGGUUGAAAGAGGAUGAUACUCCUGAAAUGGCUGGUCUCACUGGAACUUCAAACCCUACUGCAAAUGACGAUGAUGUCUCAUUUAGUGACCUUGAGGAGGAUGAUGUUUAAGGUUAUGUUCCCAUGAGUUAUAAACAAACUUGCAUCAAAUUCUGAUUCUUUAACAAAGGCACUGGAGACUGGAUUCAUUUAAGUGGUUCGCUCAACUCCGAUAAGUAUAUAUAAAUUAUGAAGAAUGCUGCUGGAAACGAAUGUUCCGAGCAUGCUAGAGCACUAAAAUCUUGAGAACAAGGAUCCUAGUGAGUGGCUUAAUGUUGAUGGCAUUCAUGUGACAUGAUUUGAUUCUCUUCUAUUUUGUGAAUAUCUGCAUAUAUUUAGUCUCUACAAUUCUGUGAUCAGCCUCUGGAAAGCUUAUUUGUGUAAAUAAAAGCUACUUUCUACCGGCCAUUGUUCUAUGUGUGGUUAUUAGUUUAUUACUGCUCUUUACACAUAUAACUCCUUUGCAUUGAUAUUGGAAGACGAAGUUAUUUGAGGUUAUAAAAUGCCUUCAACUUUUAUUUA